AUGCCUCCUAGCUCUCCAGCAGCUCCAGCUACUUCAGUUGUUCAAAUUCUGGCCUCAGCAUUUACUGAACUUCUGACACUGACUCGGGACAUGAAUCAGCGUCUUCUACGCAUUGAGGCUGAUGUUCAUCAGCUAAAGGAAGUUCUCCUGCAUAUUCCUCCCUCUAGUCCCCAAUCUGAUGAUGCUCAAAAAGGGGGAGAUACUGAUGAUGAUGCUGAUGUUGAUGAUAAUGCUGAUGAUGAACCAAAUGAGAGAGACACCGAACCUGUUAACAACACCAUUGUUCAGCCUGAAUCACCAAAGCCAAUGCAUGAGUCUGACUCUGCGGGGCAUAAUAGUCCAGCAGCUAUUGAAAAGCUGGUUGAAGAUAGUGAGCAUGAUGAACCAGAUGAUGAAUGUCAAAUACUGGAUAUGAACUUCAUUAAUCCUCUUAUUCCAGUUCAAGAAGAAAGUUCAGAUGAUCUUGAUAAUGAAUCUCAAAGUCCAGACAUGAAAUCAGUCGAUCCUGUUGCUGAUCCCAUUAUUCCGGUCCAAGGAGAAGAUUCGGACGUUGCCAGUGAAGACUCUCAUCCGCUAUCUCGAAAGCGCCUCUUCAGUAUGGAGGGGUCAAACAAUGACCUGAACGUGCUUGGAGCGUCUCCGAUAUUUAACGACAUUUUGCAGGGUAAAGCACCAAACAUGUCGUACGUUGUGAAUGAACAUCAAUAUAAUUAUGGGUAUUACCUUGGUGAUGGGAUAUAUCCAGAACAAUUCCAACAACACGAUGUCAAUGAUGACAACGAGGAUGAGCACGCGGAUGACGAAAACGGGAUCGGUGGAGAUGCGGUCGACAACGACGACGAGUAA